AUGGAAGCCAGGCUGAUAUCAAGUUUCGAAGCUGCAGCGAAGGACAAGUCUGUUCCAGGCAUUGGCGCUAUGCUUGUCAACUCCAAAGGCGAAGUGCUAUUUGAGACUUCCCACGGCACACUGAAUCUCGACGAUCCAGCUUCGCCACGAUUCACGAAAGACACCAUGUUGCACGUGUUCAGCUGCACUAAGCUCUUGACUUCUAUUGCCGCGCUCCAGUUGUACGAACAAGGAAUGCUAUCACUUUCCGACCCGGUGGAAAAGUACGUUCCCCGAAUCGCGAAGAUCCAGGUCAUCGAGUCGAUGAGCGCUGAUGGACCUAUUCUGCGAACCCCAAAAUUUAAGCCGACCAUCCUCCAGCUCCUCACUCAUACGGCAGGCUUUUCGUAUGACUCCUUCGACCCAUUGACAUUGCAAUACCGCAUGUACACAGGCCGCAAGCCGGGCGGUUAUUCGGCCCCAAGCGAGUACAAGGACUUUGAAACCCCGUAUAUUGCUGACCCAGGCACCAAAUAUGUCUACGGGGUGAACACAGAUUGGAUGGGCUUCGUCAUAGAGGCCAUCACCGGGCAGAACCUAGCCGAGUAUCUCGACCAGAACGUCCUCAAGCCUUUGGGGAUGCACAACACGGGCCCGGUUCCGGAUCCUUCUAAGCCGACACUGGUAAUCCACAUCCCCGUCCACGGCAAGUUGGUAGCAGUGCCAGCUUCGAAGCCCACCGACAAGCCCGGGGUGCAUGGCGGCGGAUCAUUUCUGUAUUCCACACUCGAGGACUACGCUAAACUUCUGGCAACUAUGCUCAACAACGGCACAAGUCCAUCCACUGGCGAGGCCAUACUAAAACCGGAAACUGUCGAGCACUAUCUCUUCACCGAUCAACUGCCGCCGAAGGUUGACCGGUCCCAACUCGGUGAAAUCAGCACUGCGGUCCCCCUUGAUUGUGCCGAAGGAGGUUUCUUUCCAAGUCUUCCUCUCAGCUCACGUGGCUGGUCGUGCGGACUGCUCCUGAACCACGAGGACCUACCGUUUGGGCGGAAGAAGGGCAGCGGUGGUUGGGCUGGGUUGGGGAAUCUAUAUUACUGGAUUGAUCCGACUGCGAAUGUCGCAGGGAUCAUCGGCACAGGGACGCUUCCAUUCAUGAACCCGACAGUUCUGAAGCUCUUUGAUGAACUUGAGCGUGUGGCGUACGGUCAUGAACCCGCGGGCGACAAAGCAGAUCCCAGAACCAUGAACCAUAGAGUUGGUCCGCCCCUGGAUUCGGAUCGGGCGAAGAUGUAA